AUGUUUUCACCAGUCCAUGGUACCGACAGUCUACAAGGAAAUGAUUCUUUCAUGUCAAUGUCACCAAGUAGCCCAACUCAGGUCUCCAGUGUACCUCAGGCUCAGAGUCAUUCCUCCCCGUUUCUUCCAGGCUACCUUCUUGGUGACCAUCACUCCCAGCAUUAUUCUGUGUCAAGUCCACGACUUUGGUCAUCAGUAGGAAGUCAUAGUCCCGGGCAGAAAGCUGGAGGGCAGACUGGCUCUGUUGCUUUAUCAGGAUCUGGUUCAAUGAGGAGAGAAUUAGUGAAACAUAAACUGGGAGCCCCGCCAGUGAAAAGUCUAUACUCAAGCCCCACAGAUGCCUCCCAUACACAGCUUGGCAGCCCAGAACAGAGUCGUACAAAACCAUCACCAACGUUAAGACAGAUAUCAGCUUCCACGCCAGCACCUCCGACCACAGGCCUUUUCCAUACACCUGGUGGAUCUCAAGGGGAGGCAAGAAUGAACAUAAUGCAGCAGAAACAGACACUGCCCAUAUCACCAGCUCAGACAGACCCGUUCUUUACCCAAGAAAAUCUCAAAUCCACGGAUGUUCUAGAUGAAACCUGGGUCACUGUGUUUGGCUUCCCUCCAGGUGCCACUUCAUUUAUAUUGCAGCAGUUCUCACAGUAUGGCACUAUACUCAAAUAUGUGAUUCCAUCAGAGUGUAAUUGGAUGCACAUUCACUACUUGUCAAAACUUCAAGCCAAGAAAGCCAUUAGUAAAGAUGGGAAGAUUUUUGGAGGUUGUUUAAAAAUCGGCGUUACACAGUGCAUAGAAAAGCGUGUGAUGGAAGACAAAGAAAAUGUAUUCACGAGUCCAGCGCUCAACAAUUCUGUCAGAUCACCUUCAGACUUGAACCAGAGUACUCUGACCCCAAUCCGGCCAUUGACGGCUGCAUAUGCUGCUUCCCGAGGAGAGUUUGAGGUGCUGAAAGAUAAGCCCACUCCCAAACGUGAUGCUGGCCUUGUUUCAAAGUUGAAAGAAUACAUGUUUGGAUAUUAA